CCAAACAACAUCGACUAUGGUAACUCUCUCUCUCUCCUCAUCUGCCUUGAAAUUUCCACAGAAUUCAGUAUGGUCGCUCAAAGAAUUAUUCUCCAAGGUGUUGUUCUCUCUUUUCCAGCCCCAAUUACCCUCGUGUGGUUCCAUUCCCACAAAUGGAAACACAACCAGCAGAUCCUCAGCCAAGGAUCCGUGUCCACUCCAUAGUCCAUGUGAUGAGGGCGGGGCCGGGGCCGGAGCCGGAUAUCCGUGUCUCCAGGGGCGACGGCCGGGCCCAGCUUCAAGAUGGACAGUCCCGCCGCUGCUUUCAGUCUUUUCUACGUUGUCCUGUCUUUUUGCUUCGUCUUCACGCCAACCGAGUUCCGCUCAGCGGGGGUGACCGUGCAGGAUCUGCUGUCCGAGCAGCUUGGCAGUGAAGAUCUGUCCUUCGUCCAUUACCACAUCCGCAGGACGGCGGCCACUGUCACCGUGCACUCGCUACUGCCGCUAGGUUAUUAUGCAGGAAUGUGUGUUGCAUCUUCUGGUGAAAAGCAGUUCUACUUUCUAGUAAGCAAGGGUUGGUUGAUUUACUUAGUGACUGCUGUGCUCAUCCCUGCUGUUGCUAGCCUUGUGGUGUUGUACUGGUCCUUAAAUAAGUGGGGCAAACAUCCAAUAGCCAGAAGCCUUGUGCACUAUGCCCUUCCGCAGUCUGGUUGGAGAGCUGUGGCAUCUUCUGUUAAUACUGAGUUCCGAAGGAUUGAUAAAUUUGCUUCCGGAGCGCCAGGAGCCCGAGUUAUUGUCACUGAUACCUGGGUGAUGAAGGUGACUACAUAUAAUGUUCAUAUAGCACAGCAGCAGGAUAUUCACCUCACAUUGACUGAAUCAAGGCAGCACGAGCUGUGUCCUGACCUGAAUACUCCUGUACAAUUCCUAACAAUUCGAGUGUCCAGCAUCAAUCCGAACGUCAAGCCAUUCGACAUUAGGCUGAACUCGACGGAGUAUGGUGAACUACGUGAAAAACUCCACACAACAGUUCGAAAUGCCCAUAAUGUCGUCAUCCAUCAGUCUCUAAGUGACAUGUUUCUUGACACAUUCAAGAUCCAGGUGGAAUUGAACCAACGGUAUCAUCUAUCUGGUAAUCAGGAACUGGAGCCAUGCAUUGGCUGCAUGCAGAUAGCCGCCAACAUCAAACUCAUUAAAGUCUGUCGGGAGCCAAAUGAGGGUGAAUGUCAGCAGUGUUACUGUCGUCCCAUGUGGUGCCUGACCUGUAUGGGGAAGUGGUUUGCCAGCCGCCAAGAUCAGCAACAUCCGGAAACGUGGCUAUCCAAUCGGGUACCCUGCCCUACCUGUCGGUCGAAGUUCUGCAUUCUUGACAUCUGCAUUGUAUGCUAAAGAGAAUCUGAAAUCAAAGUGGGACUUAAUUUUUGACAUAAGAUCCAAGUUGUCUAACGACGAGCAAGAUUUCAUUUCUGGCAUCUUGCAUGUUCUUGCUGUAGCCCCAGCUGAUUUUCUUUCUGGAAGCUAAAUCAAAUGUCUUCAGGCCACCUCAAAUGUCCCUGCAGUUUUCACUAAUUUUCUUUUUUAAAAUUCUUGCAUCACUACUAAUGAUGACUUCCAGUGAGAAGUUGCUUUACCCUUUCUUAUUCUCGUGUCCACCACAAGGUGGAACCUGGCAUCUUGGUAUUGCUCCAUCUAAUGAGCAGGUUAAGAACAGAUGACUUUUGCAACAGGAACAAAGAUUCAGAGUUGCCUGGAACUCAAACCUUCAGAUCAUUACAAGGCUUGUACUUCUAGAUUACUGUGGGUUGAGUCUUGGCUUCACUAAUUGCAUUGAAUAGUUGGAAACACUUCAGAACUUCAGAGUUAUAUAUUUUUUAUAUUUCUCAAGGGUCUUUUGCUUUAUACUGCAGAUGUGAUUCUCAAUAUUUUUUAUAUCUCCAACUGCGAGUAAUCUUUUCUAUAUGAUCACUGCUAAGACUGCCUAUUAUAGUUUUAGAUGACAUUGUCGUGUCCUCUAUGCUAGAGAUAAGGCUUCAAUUCUCUUUGAUUAGAUCCUUUCUAAUGUGCAGUGCUAAUUGCUAUCUCCUUUAUGAACUUGUUCCGCAGCCUGCUGGUUUCCAAAGUGUGAGAUUUUGUUCCCCAUUUCCCAUGCAAGAUAUUACUAGUGAUGCAAACACAUAGUGUUCUUCAGAUGCAUUUUUUUUUGUUGGUGCUGGAGAGACUAGCAGGGCUGAAUUUCUCACCCUGAAAAGAUGGUGGUGGUGGUGGCCCUUCUCCUUGAACUGCUGCAGUCCAUCUGAUGAUGCUGCUUCCACAAAUUUGCUAGAGGAAAGGCAUUGGAGUGGUCUGUCCAUUUUUUUGUUUAACAGUAAAGACUAUACAUAAUGUCGAACUUAAAUAAAUACUAAGAGGCUG